AUGGUUCUGACACCUUUGGCCCAUCCCACUCCUCAUCAACCGACUGGUCAGUACUUGGGUGGCGCGAUCGGUCCUCCUCUCGGUGUGAACGAGGAGAACAAGAUCUAUGCUCUUGUCAUUGAGCUCAUGGAUCCAGAAUCACGCGAGGCUGCACUUCUUGAACUCAGCAAAAAGAGAGAACAGUAUGAUGAUCUGGCAUUGGUUCUUUGGCAUGCAUUUGGAAUCAUGCCCGCACUUUUGCAAGAGAUUGUCUCCGUCUAUCCCCUCUUAUCACCUCCAAAUCUGACCGCUCACGUCUCGAAUCGUGUUUGCAAUGCUCUCGCUCUUUUGCAAUGCGUCGCAUCGCACUCGGAAACAAGGCAGCUGUUUCUUAACGCACAUAUUCCCUUGUUUCUCUACCCCUUUCUGAACACAACCUCAAAGACACGUCCAUUCGAAUACCUUCGUCUUACGUCAUUGGGAGUUAUUGGUGCGCUGGUUAAGCAAAACGACAACAAUACUGUCAUUCACUUCCUCCUUUCUACAGAGAUCAUUCCACUCUGUCUCCGAAUCAUGGAAACGGGCUCGGAAUUGUCUAAAACAGUCGCAAUUUUCAUCGUGCAGAAGAUCCUUCUUGACGAGACAGGCCUCACUUACAUUUGUCAUACCUAUGAACGCUUCUUCGCCGUUGGAACUGUCCUCAGCAAUAUGGUCAACCAGCUGGUUGACACCCAGGCAGUCCGCCUUCUGAAGCACGUCGUUCGAUGCUAUCUCAGACUUAGCGAUAACCCAAGGGCACGCGAGGCUCUCCGAGCUUGUUUACCUGAACCGUUACGUGACAGUACCUUCAGUGCUCUUCUCAAGGGUGAUAUGGUCACGAAAAGAUGUUUGACUACGUUGUUGACCAAUCUUAGCGAACAAGUAUGA